AUGCCCCCAUUUAUACCCAAAUCACGCAGCAAUGCCGUCGAAUCUGUAUAUUUGCAUGGAUGGGUCCGAGACAUGUUGCUAGAGUCAAAGACCUCUCAAAACAUUGCAGUAAUACCAAGAGUCGACCCUGAUGAAGCCUCUAUACCUUUACUCAGCAGAAGAAUCUACGCUAACAGGCGUCAUUUUGUUAAAAUAACUAAAUUCUUUCAAGUACAUAAUUAUUCGGUCUAUGCAUCGGUAAAGGAUUCACAACACCAGAUACUUAGUCAAUUCACUCCCAAAUGCGUUUCUGAAUUUGAAAGUAGGAAUAGAUCAAGAAUAACUUCUGAUACUGUAAACACAUUGUUUAUGAUAGGUGAUGCAAAGUUGGGUAUUAUGGUUGUUGAUGAACUAAGGCAUUACUUUGGUGAAAAGAUCGUAUCUUUAUUCAAUGGGUUAGAUAUGCCCUAUAUUCCAUAUCUAAUCAUUAAUCAGGCUUUUAUAUUGGACUAUGACCAAGUUGAAGCCUUUAAAAUGACACCUUUUGUCUAUCAAUACAUUUAA